AUGUUACACUCGCUUUUAAAGAACUCGGAGCAAGCUUUUAAGGCCAAAAUCCGGGAGGACCGAGCUUCGGUCAAUCGUUUAGGAACGAAUCUAACCUUAGAUGAAUACAAAUUCAUAAUUUCGAAGGUUUUGAAAGCCAAAUCGAAUCAAGAAUUUCAAUUACCGAGUGACAAAACUCUAUUAGAUAAAUACGACGUCCUUGAAGUUAGUAACGGUGCGAAAAAAUUAAUCGUUCCGUCGAAUGAAACCUCCAAGACUAUUUUUUACGUUCAUGACAACGAGCUUUACCAAAUUUUACUCGAAGCUCACUUACAUUUAAAUCAUGGCAAUUGUGACGAAAUGUUGCAAUAUCUCAACCAUAGUUACAAAAAUAUUACAUAUAAAGACGUAUCCAUAUUUUUGAGCUUUUGUCAAGACUGUGACGACAAAGCUGCGUUGGAUGAGAAAGACCUGAUCGAAAAAUAUUCACAUUUUAACACCGUUUGUCAAAUCGAAUUGAUCGACUUUGAAUCGUGCCCAGACCACGAUUACAAAUUCGUGAUGAUCUACCAGGAAUUAUUAACAAAAUUCGUGCUUCUCAAACCGUUAAAUUCGUACGAAUCUGAAGAGGUAGCCGAAAAUUUAAUCAACAUUUUCGGUACUUUGGGCCCUCCUAUUUAUCUCAAAUCUAACGUGGGGGGCGACUUCGUCGAGGGGAUAAUAGACCGGCUGAAAGUCCUCUGGCCCCCUGUCAAGAUCGAACAUUUAAAAUCGGACCGUUGGGAUGACUUAAUCGGGCCCGAAAUCGAAACUAUGGUCAAAGUUUGGAUGACCAACAAUAAGAAAAAACAAUGGAGUGAAGGACUUCGGUUUGUCCAACUGAAAAAAAAUACAACGAUUCAUCCCAAAUUGGAAAAAACACCCUAUGAGGCGCUUUUCAGACAUCCAGUUGAGACACUUGACCAGAAAAAGGAAGAAUCGGAGGAUUUUCAAGAAACUGAAAUGGACGUGAAGGAGGAACUGCUGGAUGAACCCGAACAUGAUCCCUUGGAACUGUCUGAAGCUCUCGAGAUUGCGAAGACUGAACCUCAUGACUAA